AUGGCAGCCAACGGGAUAUUGCAGUUCGUGGAAGCGACUGCGGCGCUGUGGCCGGACGAGGCGGCGCAGUAUCCAAUCGAGCAGCCCUGUUUCGGGUACAGGCCUUGCUUGACCUUGGUGGCUUCCAAGCAGGAUGCAGUGCAUUGCGCACAACUGCGAGCCGUGUUGCUAGCCAGCGGGCCGGUCACGUGGCCGCCUGCCGCAACGCUGGUUUGCUUGGGUGGGGCGCAGGGGGGGGGGGGGGGGGGCCUGGGACUCCACAGAAGCAAUAUACUACGCCGCCGGGACUGCAGAGGCGCACUUGGCCGCCGGCUGCGCCCAGAAGUGGGCGCAGCCGGCGCAAGCCGUCGGCGCCGACCAGCAGCGCUACAGGGGUGUGCAAAACGGGAACUACCAGGAAAGCGAUGUGCGCCCAAGAGCCGCCUCAGAGGUGGCGUGUGGCUUGCACCGGGACACCUCAGUCAGCGGGCGCUGCUGACGGGUCCUCAGUUAGCCCGUAAAGAACACGAGGACCUGCGACUGGACUCCUUGCAACACCACCUGAGGAAGGCUCCCAGCGAGGAAGAAGCCGGGCCCCCUGCACAACAGCCUAGGGGGGCCUGCCCUAACGCUAAACGGCAGAGGAAAACGAUUAUGAAAAACGGACAUGAUGGGGAGGCUGCAACAACCACCUUCAGCAGCUCUCCGACACCAACACCUUUGUCAUGGGUCACCGCAUCAGCUGAGACUCUGCACUAUGUUCCCAUUGGAGCUGUUGACCAUCUUACCAGCCCAGAGAGUAGUAAUGAGAGCCACUGCUGAAGAGCAUCUGGUCAUCAGUAGUCAUUCUGUUGAAGCAGCCAGAUGACAACGAGACUGCUUCUCAUCCUUCAAGAAACUGUCAAAAACCAAUUCCAAGCAGCAACUUCAAGACUCUUACAAGAUACAUUUUCAUCAAGCCAACUCUGCUAUGAGAUGAAGAAAAGUUUGGCUCUUGGAGCUCCACCAGACCAUAUAAGCCUUCCUCCAUGCCGAAGACGCACUCAAUGCAAGAAAGCUCUGGAAAGACUCCUUGGAUGAUUGCGAACCGGGACGGUCGGUGAGCGGGCCCGCAACCUAAAAGACCUUGUCACUCAGAUCCAUCAUCACCCCCAAAAAAAGCAACAACCUAAAAGACCUUGUCACUCAGAUCCAUCAUCACCCCAAAAAAAACCAAGAGACAAAACUACUUCUCAUCUGCACUGUAACGGCAGGAUGCUUGAACACUGAAACUUCCACCUCUACAUGUGACCAGGAUACAGGCAUCCUACCAGUACAGGACCAUCAUCAUGUCGCCAAAGUCAAAGGGCCCAUGUAUAUCCCCAUGGGUCUUUGAGGUUCCAGGUCAUGUAUUGCACAUACAUGAAAUGGAGCCUCAAAGACCAAUUGGGGGGCCCUUUGAGGACCGGGACCAAUUGGUCCUCGGUCUUCCCUUACUGCAGUAUUACUAAGCAUAACACGUGUAGCCCUCCUUUUGAAUGAUUUGGCGAUUUGAAACCUUCAGUGACACUUUUUUCGAGGCAGUUGUUCACUCUAUUAAAUUUCCGACUAGACCAUUCCUCUUACUACAACCCCACCAUAAGGGGCGCCUGGUGGUACGCUGACUGUUGUAAGGAGGGUGACAGAUCCUUUAGUUUGUGGGCCACAUCGCUUCAUCGGACAGUGAGCCCGAUUUGGUUUCAUCUCACGAAUCUUGCAGACAAUGCAGAAACAAUUUCUCAGUUUUUUUCAACAUUCCGUUUUAUGUAAAUGUAAUUUGAGCAUAGACAUACUGGUGUUUGAAUCUUUCCAAGCCAUACACUGUUCCAAAUCAUCUAUUGGAAUAUAUCAGAUGUUCAUAUGACCCUGUUGUAAAAUGAUCAUGCCACGCCAAUUAAAUAAGAUAAAAAAUA